ACUACAUUUCCUUAAUCAAAAUAUAUAUAUGUAAUUACUUUCUUAUUGUAAUAUCAAAAUACAGAAAAUAAAAAUUUCUAAAGACUGUUUCGAAGUGACUUUCGAGUCACUUGAAUCGUGUCAAGUUUGAAGACAAAUUUAUAUUACACAGUAACUAUUUUUAUGUACAAAUUGAUCAUUGAAAAAGGAUAAAUAUUGCAAAAUGUAUAAAUCGAGUCAAGAACCAGAUAUACCUGCUGCGUUAGGUUUGUUAACGCAUUUAAGUAACGAAGAGUUAAAGGAUAUAUUAAACGACGAUAGCAAAUUUGAAGACAUUGUUAAGGACAUAAAACAGUUUAAGGAACUUGAAACGGAAAAAGAAGUACUUAUGGCAAGCAACAGAUCGUUAGCAGAAUUUAAUCUUUCUAAACAACCAGACUUGGAAGAAGGUAAACGAAUGCUAAAAGAACUUAGCGAAAAAGGACAACAAUUAUGUCUCAGUAUUAAGGAAAAACUCAAUGAGAUUAAAGAGAGAUCAGGAAGUAUGACAGUUGACACGGCAUUAGACCUUUUGCAGGCAGCUACAGCAGAAAUCGAGGAGGAAUCGGAGAAAACAGCAGAAUCAUUUUUAGCCGGCGAUUUAGAAGUGGAUGAAUUUUUAGAACAAUUUUUAUUGAGAAGAAAAUUAAUGCACUUACGUAAAGUUAAGGUCGAUAAGAUCAGAGAAAUAAUGCGAAAAUCAUCGCAUACUGCACCUUAUUUUUCUUCAAACUUUCCUGGAAUUGCACCCUCUAUAUCAUAUCCAACGGGACCUGUAUCGAUGCCGAUGCCCUUACCAUCUGGUCCUUCUCUUUAUAGGCCAUAUUGAAUGUGAAUUGUGUACAUAAUACGUGUAUGAAUAUUUGUUUUACUUUUUAAAUACAAAAUAAAAUUAUAAUAUUUUCCAGAAAAUGUGGAU